UGAGCAACACAACACACCCUUUAAUUAUUAGCUACUGCAUUUCCUUCAUUAAUCCUAAUAAUAUAUUUCGCAGUGCUAUCUUGCUAGCUUAGCUUGCUUUGCCAUACACCCCAAAGAAGCUAAGAAAAUGGUGAAUGUAUCUGAGAUUCGCAAGGCUCAAAAGGCUGAAGGCCCUGCAACUAUAAUGGCUAUUGGCACAGCAACACCACAAAACUGUGUUGAUCAAAGCACUUAUCCAGAUUAUUACUUCAGAAUCACUAACAGCCAACACAUGACCGAACUUAAAGAGAAGUUUCAACGCAUGUGCGACAAAUCAAUGAUCAAGAAGAGAUAUAUGUACUUAACGGAAGAGAUCUUGAAAGAAAACCCUAACAUGUGCAAAUACAUGGCACCAUCGCUGGAUGCAAGGCAAGACAUGGUGGUUGUGGAGGUUCCAAGGCUGGGAAAAGAGGCGGCAACGAAAGCCAUAAAGGAGUGGGGUCAACCAAAGUCAAAGAUAACACACUUGAUCUUCUGCACCACAAGCGGCGUUGACAUGCCCGGCGCCGAUUACCAACUGACGAAACUCUUAGGCCUCCGUCCGUCCGUGAAGAGGUACAUGAUGUACCAGCAAGGCUGCUUCGCUGGCGGCACGGUGCUCCGUUUGGCGAAGGACUUGGCGGAGAACAACAAGGGUGCUCGUGUGCUGGUGGUUUGUUCUGAGAUAACCGCCGUGACUUUCCGCGGUCCAAGCGAAACACAUUUGGAUAGUCUUGUUGGGCAAGCAUUGUUCGGUGAUGGCGCUGCUGCACUCAUUGUUGGUUCCGAUCCUCUGCCUCAGAUCGAGAAGCCUGUCUUCGAGCUUGUUUGGACUGCUCAGACUCUCGCUCCCGACAGCGAAGGCGCCAUUGAUGGCCACCUUCGUGAAGUUGGACUCACAUUCCAUCUUCUCAAGGAUGUUCCUGGCAUUGUUUCCAAGAACAUUAACAAAGCACUCACUGAAGCUUUUGAUCCCCUGGGAAUCUCUGAUUACAACUCCAUCUUCUGGAUUGCUCACCCUGGUGGCCCUGCAAUCUUGGACCAGGUUGAAGACAAGCUCAAGUUGAAACCUCACAAGUUGAGAGCCACACGUGAUGUUCUUAGCGACUAUGGAAACAUGUCCAGUGCUUGUGUCCUCUUCAUCUUGGAUCACAUGAGAAACAAAUCACUUCAACAAGGCCUUCAAACCACCGGUGAAGGUCUUGAAUGGGGUGUCUUGUUUGGCUUUGGACCUGGCCUCACUAUUGAAACUGUGGUUUUGCAUAGUGUGGCUAUAUAAAAAGGUCGAGUAAAUUAAUGAGCUUAUUAUUUAUUUUAUUUUAUUUUAUAUAUGUAUCUGAUGUGUUUCUGCUAAAUAAUGUAUGGCUAAUAGUUUUAUGGCCGAGAAACAUUUGUGUCUUGAUCUUUAAUUUCUUUAUACAUUAUGCUAUUAAACAGUGUAUAAUGGCUAUUCAAUU